AUGCGUCCCACGGUCCCAGCAAAGUAUCUCCUACCGUUCCUGUUCGUGACGCUGUUCACCAUCCAGCUAGGGCUGUCGAUGAGCGACCUCCCUAGCCUGAAGCUGAUGCAGGAUAUUGUUUGUAAGAGAUACCGCGGCAGUUAUACCGACGAGCUGCUACCUGAGGAAGAGUGUCGGGAUUCCGAUGUACAGCGGACACUGAACAGAAUCAACGUCGGGCUCUCCGUCUCCGUUACCAUUGGAAGCGCGCUGGUCGCAUUCCCACUUGGUGUUCUCGCAGAUCGCAUUGGUCGCGUGCCCAUUCUUGCUGCCAGUCUGUUCAGCAUCUUCAUUGCGCAAGGGUUCGGAAUGCUCGUCUGCUGGAGGUGGAAAGCGAUGCCCUUGGAAGCAAUUUGGGCACUUGGCGGAUUCUUGCUUCUUGGAGGCGGGCAGAGAAUGGCUGAAGCAAUGGUGUUUACCAUGGUUGCAGACGUAGCUUCCAAGUCGCAGAGAGCCUGGUGGUUUCAAUGGGUAGUUGGUGCUGUUCUCGCAGGAGAACUCGCAGGACCGUUUGCAUCGUCUCGUCUCAUCGCAUCAGACAUAUGGCUUCCACUGUACACGUCCCUUGUUCUCAUCUUCGUCGGCGGCGUCAUCCUCGCCGCAUUCAGUCCCGAGACUCUUACACGAAAAAUAGAUUCAGCCGAAGCAGAGGAUGGCUGCCAUGCAGCUUUGAGCACAAAAGACACCAUCAUUUCGAUAUUCAGCCGACCGGCAAUCUUCUUUGUCCCUGGUGCUGUCCUCGCUCUGCCCCUAGCCACAACACAGUCUAACAUACUAUUUCGAUUCAUGCCGAUCCAAUUCCAGUGGCAACUUUCCAAAUCGGCACUGUUGGUAUCUCUCCGCAGUGCGAUGACACUGAUUACUCUUCUUAUACUCCUGCCCGGUGCUGUGUUUCUUUGCAGCAAGCGAACAAAUUGGUCUCAUCAGAGACGGGACGGCAUAUUCAUGAGAACAAGCGCCUUGUGUUUCUUCGUCGGUUCAGUCUUCCUGACCUUGGUUAAAUAUGAGGGGGUUAUUAUCGCGGGCGUUGUUGUUUCUGCCCUUGGAUCCGGCCUUACAACGUUGUGCAGGUCCAUGUUGGUUUCUGCUCUUCACGAGAAGAACUCUGGACUGCUCUUCGGUAUACUUGCCAUCGGGGAGACGACUAGCCUUUUGUGCUGUGCUAUAGCCAUGGGAGCAUUGUUUGACGUCGCAUUGGUGUCAUGGAUCGGGUAUCCGUUUCUUCUUGGAGCUAUCCUUGCAAUUGGCGUCUUUGCAGCGUCGGUGAUGCCCGAUACAUCUUCAAGAGACUCAAGCUCUUCGUCUGAGCAACCUACUGCCGUCUUGGCCGUUUUGGAACCGGUUGAAAAAGUGGACGGGUCUAAGUCUGAGUCGCAAAAGCCUAAGGAGUAG